AUAUCUAUGAAAAAAAAACCAAUAUGGAGAAUAGUGGAGAGAUAGAAGCCUAUAAAACCUAAAUCUGAGCUGGGAUUACUGGAAAAGACUAUCAGAAGGCAGGCAGCAGUGACGAUCUCGGUAUCGACCUAAUGUGCAUCACAGCAUAAAAUGGAUUAAAAGAGAGAAGCAAUUCCUAACAAGUCUAAAAUGCCAAAGAAAAAAAAAGGUAAGCUUGUCGAGACUGCUUCAGCUCAGCAAGUCAUGGAGGUUGACUGGCCACUGAAGGAUGAGUUCCACUUCCGAUUGGCUUGUCAGAAGUGUUUUGUCAAGACUGGAGAGGGCAUCAAGGGAUAUAACUACAAGGAAGGCCUGCAUCACAACUGUGACUAUGACAUCAUGCUCAUUAAAUUAAAACAGAGACCUGAUGUCAACUGGAUCAAGGUGCGACCCAGGGCAAAACGAUAUUUUGGGCAGUUUUUUACGAAAUACAAGAUAUGCAUUAAUUUUCAGAGAGAAAAGGUAUGCCAGUAUGGUGAGAAGAAAUGUACAUUUCCUCAUCAUAUUGCUGAAAAGAAACUCUGGGAAUUGGACUGGAGUAGAGAAUUCAACAUCAAAAAUUUUAUAACAGAAAUGCAGAAUAAAAGAAUUUUUACAAGUUUCUUUCCAGGAUCAAUAGCUCAUCCAGAUAUUAACCCUGUUAACCAGAAACAGGAUAGUCCAGAAUUAAGUUCUAACAAUAAGCAGCCACAUACAUGUAAGAUAACACAGCAGCCACCUCAGAAAGAGUUUUCUCCUGUAGGUCAAGGUUCCCAGCAGGCUGCAGAUUUUGAUGGAAUGAAAAAACUUGAAAAUCCACUCAAAGCUCAUUAUGACUUCAGAAUAUUGUGCAAAGAAUGCUUAGUACCUAGUAAUCAGCCUGGACUUUCUAUUCACAAGCCACAUGUCCAUAACUGUGAGCAGAAUGUUCUAGCUCUGUACAAGAGAGGUGAACCUUCUUAUUUGAUGAGAGUGAGGGAACGCACCAAUCAUCGUGAUUUUCCAGGAAGCUACAUUAUUUGUAAUAGUAUUAAGUAUGGGAGGCCUGAUAUGUGCAGAUUUGGGAAAGAGAAGUGCAGUUUUGCCCAUAACCGAGUUGAGCAGAUCCUGUGGACCCAGGAAAAAGAAGGGAGUUUUAACGUUUCCGAGUUCAUUCUUCAGAACAGGUCUGCCACUGGUGGAGCUAAAGGUUACACGGUGGAAGAAUUGUUGAAAAAACAUGGGGGAAAUUUAAAGUUUAUUUGUCGGCAGUGCUUCUGUGCCCGACCACCAAGAAUAGAAGAGCUUGAAAGGAAAGGUUAUUGCAGUGCUAACCGAGAACAUUCAUGGAAGAACAGCAAGGUUCUUGCUCAUAUUGGAUCACAGGGCGGCAUCACCAUCAUAAACAAGCGAGUGUUUGUGCAUAAAUCAGCAUACUUCAAAUUUUGUUACUGGAAAUCAUUUUGCAAACAUUCUUUGACAGGGAGCUGUGUGUUUGCUCACAGCAUGGUUGAGCGUGAUGUGUGGAUGUGUGAAAGAGAUGGGGACCUCAGUCAGGAGCAGGUGGUGGAUAAGUGUAAUGCCAUAAUGUCAGAGUUUUCAGAGACUGAACCACCAGCAAGAGACCUCUGUCCUUACAAUGUCCAAGUUCUCUGUGGCACGUGCUGGGAGAUUAAAACUAUCAGUAAGCAGGAUGGAAGCCAGGACAAAUGUAUUAAAGGUCAUAAUGACUGGCACUACGUAAAGAUUUUCAUGCUUAUGCCAGAUAAAAAAGAGAUUCGACCUCUUCCAAGGAGAAUUCCUGCUCGUCUGAACAUUGUCAUUUGCAGAGAUUUUCUAGCAAACAGACGAUGUCGUUACCAUCUUGGAAGUUAUUGUCAGUUUGCUCACAGUGAGGAAGAGAAAGAUGUAUGGGUCUGGAUGUGCGAAAAUAAUAGUAAGUUUAGUAGUUACAUACAGUCGUCUUGA